UCGAGAAAUGCAAUUAAUUGUCGACAAAAUUCCCAUGUUGUCGAAACAGAGCACCAAACGCAAUUCCAAAAAAAAAAAUGAGGAAAUGAAUACUCCAGCAGGCUCCUCAAGGGCUCCAGCCUUAGGGGGCCAAAUAUCACCACUGGGUAACUAUCUAUCGGCAACGACAGAUAACCAUGCACAUAAUCAACUUCAGCAGCAACAACUGUUUCAACAGCAGCAACAGUUUUAUCAACAACAGCAGCAGCAACAUUUUCAUCAGUAUGCGACACACCAGCAGCAUUUCAUAAGUCAUUCUAAUAAUGGCUACUCAAGCAGUGUGCCGUACCAUGGUGACUCUGAUAGCCUACGUUCGUUGAAUAGUUCAUUCGGCCCCAACUCCGAAUUCACCGCUACAUCUGCCAGCAAUACCGACAACAGCUCUUCCUCUAACGUAGAUCGGCUACAUUACCCCAUCCACAAGGAAAGUGAUAACAGUGAAAUUGGCGCCACCAGUGUUGCGAGUCCAGCUUUACUGUCACCCGCAUCGUCAAAUUCGGGGACUCCAUUGCAAACCAAUUAUAAUAAUAUGGUAACGGCCACUGGUGCUCAGCAAACCAAUAUGGACGCCAUGAGUGGUUAUAAUCAGAUUAGUGGUAUGCAACCUGGAUUGGGAACAUCUAGCCAGUCGCAGCAACAUUAUAUGAAUAGCAGUAGCGGCAUGAAUCCAGCGCACAUAGGGCCAGUGUCAGGAAGCAAUAUGAAUGCCAAUAUCCACUUGGCAGCCUUAGGACCAUCAUCAAAUGGAGGUGGACAAAUGAUCGGUAUGCCAGGAUAUAACAAUGGCGCUCCAAAUGUUGGUUCAGGCAGACAUUAUCAGAUGUCAUCUAUGAAUCAAAUGCAAAGUAUGAGCAUGGGAGGAAUGGUUAAUAACAGUGGAAUGGGAUAUGGGGGCAGUUCUCCAAGCGGUAUGCCCUUACAUCAACAGCAGCAACAAAUGAAUGUCACGAAUACAAUGUCUAAAAUGCAAGGAAUGGGCAGCAGUGGCUACAAUCAACGACGCAUGUCUCCAUAUCCAAAUCCUCAAAUACAUGCGGCGCAAAAGAGGGCAGGAUCCUACCCAAUAAACAACACAGCCGUCCCUCAAGGAAAUGGAGGAGGAUCAAUGGGUUAUAGUUCAUCCAGCCAGAUGCAGCACCAAAUGGGAAACGGCGUGCCGCUACCAAUACAAACUGGCUAUGGCGGUAAGGUUGGCACAAUGAGCUACAGUGGAAGACCCGUGAUGACUUCUAGUGGAAUAGGUUCCAAUAAUAUGGGCCCUGGUUGCAUGAGUUCCACGAAUAUGACAAAUAAUAAUAUGGGGCCGGUGGGCAUGGUUCCUAGUGGAAUACCGGGCAAUAUGGGACCUGCAGGAUGCAUUAGCUCAGUGCAACGUUUUGGUAGCAGUUAUGGCGCAAAUUCACAUCAUCCUCAACAUAAUCAGUUUUAUACUGGUUCCCAAGCAAACAUGAAUAUGAAUAACAACAUCGUUUCUAAUCCAAUGUGUCCGAUCGGCCCCGGUUCUGUUCCAAGCAGCGGCAGUCCCUAUCAAAAUCAAAGUUUUCAACAGAAUUACCAGCACAGCCCAGUUCCUGGAAAUCCAACACCGCCCCUAACACCUGCCUGCAGCGUACCCUAUGUUAGUCCGAAUCCGGAUAUGAAACCGCAACUAGAUAAUUGCGAAGAAAUGAGAUUAACGUUUCCCGUUCGAGAUGGUAUUAUACUUCCCCCGUUCCGUUUGUUGCACAAUUUAUCGGUGAGCAAUCAUGUAUUCCACCUCAAGCAAAAUGUGUACAACACGCUGAUGUGUAGGUCGGACCUGGAGUUGCAGCUGAAAUGCUUCCACCAAGAUGACAGGCAAAUGAAUACCAACUGGCCUCAUACAGUUACGGUAUCGGCCAAUGCCACUCCAUUGAAUAUUGAACGUUCGGAAAAGACAGGCCAAGCGCUAAGGCCGCUGUAUCUGAAAACAGUCUGCCAACCUGGUCGAAACACACUUCAAUUGACAGCUAGUUCCUGUUGUUGCUCUCAUCUUUUUGUUUUGCAACUAGUCCAUCGACCAUCUGUGCGACAGGUUAUGCAAAGUCUUCACAAGCGCAAUUUAUUGCCAUUGGAACAUAGUGUGGCGAAAAUUAAGCGAUAUUUUGCAGUUGGAAUUGUUGGUGGCACACAAAACUCUGAAAGCACUGCUAGCAAUAUGCAUGACUCCAAUAAGUGCGUUAAGAUCUCUCUAAAGUGUCCAAUCUUAAAAUCUCGGAUACGUUUACCUGCUCGAGGAUUAGAGUGCAAACAUAUUCAGUGCUUCGACUUGGAGGGUUACCUAAUGGUGAAUAGUGAGCGUGGUACGUGGCGUUGUCCAGAAUGCAGUAAACCCGCCCUCACAGAAAGUUUAGAAAUCGAUCAGUAUUAUUGGGCUAUUUUAAACACGUUGAAUACUACCGAGGUUGAAGAUGUUGUUAUAGACUCUUCGGCGAAUUGGAAGGCACUGCCUAACAGUUUAAACAGUAAUACUCCCAGUGGUUGUCCUAAUACAACAGCGAAUUCCUUGUCGGGAACGGGAGGAUCAACAAACGGUCCUGGGACUUCGAGUGCCAUCCCAAUUCCACAGAUUAAACAGGAAAACUACUCCGACGAAACCACCAAAGUAAUGUCGCCAGGUUCAACGCAAUUGCCAACACCCUCAUGGGAUAAUUCGCAAGCGAUGAGCCCAUUCAACAGCCAUGAUAUGAACUCAAUUGCCAAUGGCAACAUGAUAUCAAACGCAGGUGAUAAUUUAAACAAUUCCCACCAAAGUGGUAGCAAUGGCGGCCGAAGUAACAUUGAUAGCUUCAGUAGCUCCCAGACACCAACUGAAAUGCAGUCGCAUGAUUCCUCGCAUCAAAAUAAUUUAGCGGGUCAAUUGGGUGAACCUCUGGAUCAACUGAAUGUAAUGGAAAAAUCAAUUACAGAACAGUUACCGCACACACCACAUACUCCUGGUAGUUCAAGCCACCCCAUGACACCUGGCGGCCCACCAUCAGUGAGCUCUGUCCACAAUGAACCCAACAGUAACGGCACAUCGAAUGGAAAUAAUUCGAGCAGUCUUAAUUCUCCUCAAACUCCAGGUACUCCGAAUAAUCGUCCCAACAGCAAUAACAACAGUCAGAAACAGUCCGAUUCUCAACAGCGAGAGCAGAUAAUUAAUUCUUUAAUCGGGCCGCAAUCAUCAUCAGAUUUAGUUAGCCUUAACGAUCAUUCGUUUGAUCCAUCAAACAUUGGAAAUUCAGAUGCCGCAAACGAUUUAAAUCUCUUAUCUGAUGUAGACCCACUGGAAAUAUUGUCGUAUUUGGAACCGCAGCCCGAUUUAAACACUCCGCCAUCCAGUGGAUCCAGCAACACCAACAAUAAUGACGAUAUUUUGGCAUCGUUAUUUGAUUAA